GCGGGACCCCGACUGUGGCCCUGGGGAGCACUCCUGGCACAGCCGGUCAGGAGGAUGGAAGCCAAGGACAUCUCCAUCCCCAUCCCUGCACUAGCCACGGAGCGGCGGCUCGCCCAGCGCCUCAGGGAGCAUUUGGAAGAGAAGCAGCUGCUGGACAGGCGCUACCAGCUGCAGCAGGUGCCAGGGGGCCGCAUGGCCCUGCCCGUGCUGGAGGAGAAGCUCUCCCAGCUGUGCCUUCCCCUGGAGAUGCCCUGUGAGCUGGUCUGGAUCCAGCAGGACCCUGUCCCCUCCAGGGCAUCCCGGCGACAGGCACCUGCCCAGAGGCUGCGGGAUGAGCUGCGGCAGCUGCUGGGCGGGAGCUGGUCGGAGGAGCUGGAGCAGGAUGUGCCCCAUGCCUGGCAGCGGCACGGGGACCUGGUGCUGCUGAGUGAGGACAGCUUCAGGGCUGCACCGUGGGAGAGCCUGGGUCCAGUGCUCUGGGAGACGGUGGCCUCGGCUUUGGGUGCCCGGCGGAUAGCCAGGCGAGGACGGGUGUUGCCAGACGGGAUGCGGACCCCCAGUGUGACCCUGCUGCUGGGCCAGGACGGCUGGGUGGAGCACGUGGACAAUGGGAUCAGGUACACCUUCGACGUGACCAAGUGCAUGUUCUCACCGGGAAACAUCACGGAGAAGCUGCGGGUGGCCUCACUGCCCUGCUCUGGGGAGGUCCUGGUGGAUCUUUAUGCAGGCAUCGGCUAUUUCACGCUGCCGUUCCUGGUUCAUGCGGGAGCCGCCUUUGUCCAUGCCUGUGAGUGGAAUGUCCACGCUGUGGAGGCCCUGCGCCGGGCCCUGGCACUGAACGGGGUGCAGGAUCGGUGCCACAUCCACUACGGGGACAGCCGGCAGCUGGAGCUGCGGGACACGGCCGACCGGGUGAACCUGGGGCUGAUCCCCAGCUCGGAGGAAGGCUGGCCAGUGGCCUGCCGUGUCCUCAAGAGGGACACGGGUGGGGUUCUCCACAUCCACCACAACGUGGAGACUCCCCCUGCACCGACCCCGAUCCUGCCAGCUGAGUGGGGGUCUCCAGAGGCACAGCACCCAAUGGAGGACACUGGGAACAAGACAGUGGGGGCCAGGAUCAGACCCGAGUGGCAGAGGUGGGCUGAAACCACAGCAACGCGGAUCCAGGGACUGCUGGUGGAGCUGCAUGGGCGGCUGUGGCACACCAGAAUCCUGCACAUUGAGGCAGUGAAGUCCUACGCACCCCACGUCCAUCACCUCGUGUUGGACCUCGAGUGCCGGCCAGCACUGCCCACGUAGCUGGGAAUGGGCCCUGUCGGGGCUCCAGCUCCCAUGGAAUGGUGCUAUCACAGUACUAGGAGCAGUGUCCUGCUGCCAGCCUGGAUGUGCCUUAUGUCCCCUGCCCAGCAGUGCCUCCCUGUGCCCAGAGUACCCAGGGAUGUGCUCCCUUGGGAGAUCCCUCCAGGAUCCAAGUCAAGGAUGCAGUGAGAUGAGUCUUGCCCCGACUCUGCCAGUCGCUGCCCAGAUUUUGGACAUGUGGUGGCACUUUCAGCCCUGUUUCCACACAGGAGAAAACCACAGGGCUGAAAAACCUCGGGUUCCUGCUGGGUUCAUUUCAAUAGGUUGGGGACGGGCUUUGUGGUCAUAUUUACCAAUGUGCUUUUUUAUUGUACUGGAAACAGGGCUGUUUAUCUUGGCUUCUUCUUACAUUUUUUCAGAAAUAAAGAUGUUUCUCAUA